AUUCCGCCCCGAAAAGUUUUCGCAAUAGUUGGCCGGACAAUUUGUUUCUCUCUUAUGUCACUCGAACAAAUUUAACGUGUCAAAAUUAUGAAUUAUUAUUAGAAAAAUUUAUUGUGAGCAUUACAAAAUGGAUAAAAUAGUAACCGAAAAUCUAUUUCUUCUCGAAUUUCUGGUCGACAACGUGCACUUGGACCCCACGGUAAUCCGCGGCAUUGGCGAUGUCUCGGGUGAUAAGUGCGUGUCCGUCCAAUUUUUGGACAACCCCCCCUUGGAUAUUUGCGAAGACGACUUUGCCCCAAAACGGAGGUACUCGCAGGAUUCUAGCAACGUUAAAAGUGGAAAGUCGUGCCUGUUCAGUUUGACACCGAUGCAAGCGAACGAAGCAACGUAUCAGUUUGACGUGCACGUCACGGUGUUCAAAAAGAUUCAGCAGACUGAGGAUGUCGCGCAGAAGAUGCAAGUCGGUACCUCCCUAAUAUCCAUAAUAAACUUGUUUAACGAGUUGAUCGCGUCCGUUAGCAUGCCAGUCAAUGAAAGUGGCCCAACUGCGAAAACCCUCAAAGAUACCUUUCAAAUUUUGAACCACGUCGGCCAGUACGUUGGCGACAUCGGCAUGUACAUACGAAUGUCUUGCUUCGGAAAACUCAUCGUCACGCAAUUCCAAAUGAACCUGGACGACAAAUCGGUACUAUUCAAGGAUAAAGAAGGCCAUUCGUUGUACAGAUACAAAAAGGCUGGCCAAGCAACAGCAAAAAAGGAAGACGAAUGCAAACCGAGCGUGCCAGUCUGUGCUAUUCCUUCGUGUCCAGCACGUGAGGCGAAGUGCCCGGAAGUGUGUGCUAAUGCAGCCCCAGUGAAUCCGGCGGAUUGUUACCAAGAAAUCGGAGCUUCGAUGGGCGGAAACGCUCUUAGAAUCCGCGUGCAUAAAGACAAAAAGUUAGAGAACGUGGAUGGCGACGAAGACUCGUGCUGUUGCGGCACCAACACUUCGCAAUCUAAAAAAAAUCAGCCUAGAGCAAUCGGUGGGGGUGGAUGCACCACCACCGAACAAAGCGUGGCAAUGAGACCUGGGUACGAUUACGAUGGCACACCAAAUACGCCGUUCUCAUUUAAACUGGGAGGAUGCGGAAUGAACACGUCAAAUAACGUAACCGUGGUGCCUCCAAUCAGCACCGCGCCCGAUGGAACUCAGUACACAGAACUGGCGGAUCCGAAUCGCGAUGUCUUCAUCUUACGUAUUGGAAAAAAGAGCGAAAACAAAGAUAAGAAGAAUAACCUGGAGCUCGAAUUGUGCACCCCAAAAGGACCCGACUUGAAACCCAUCCCGAAAAAAGAAACGAGGGACACGCAGUAUGAGGAUGCGGAUGUAGCCGGGGGCGGUGGUGGUGGUGGUAAAGGUGGCAAAGGUGGCAAGGGCGGCAAGGGUGGCAAAGGAAAGAAAGGUAGAAAUGGCGGUGGCAGAGGGAAGAACGGAUCGGGAAGAGGCGCGGACGGUGACCGGGAAAAGUGUGCUCCAGAUUAUGGCAAUCCUCACAUCAUCGGCGGAUCGAAAUCCGGCAAACUCGGCAGACCUUGCAAAUCCUCUAGAUCUAAUUUACAGUGCAUGCCAUUGGAAAUAGCAUGUUGCAAUCUUUCCACGGUGCUUUCGUGCGAGACGUUUUGCUGUUUGAGGGCGUACAAGCCUAUAUCUUCGUGUUGUGGUAUGUGGGGUUAAUCUGCAAGCUGUUUUCGGUAAAAAUCGAAAAAAAAACUGCAAAAUUCAUAAUUGAUUAAAACAAAACUGUAUAUUAAUGUGCUGUAACCAAUAAAUUUUGA